UUCUCCUUACACCGUCGCAUUGCUGCCAACUAGUACUCCCAAGGAUGCUCUACCGUCCUAAUUCCUCUUGGACAUGGACCUUUUUGGUCUCCCUGCUUCUGGAGGCAGGGAUCCUCAUCACCCUAGAGACUGUGAUCUAUGCCAACUUCAUGGCCGCCCUCUCCCCCAAGGGCGAGAAGUCGUCUAGCUUUCGGGUCCCCUCCACGAGCUUCAGUAUGAUGAUCUUCGGAUUUGUCUACCAGCUGCUUCUUGCAUACGACACCCUGGCCAAACACAGCACCCCGCAGGUGAUCGGGCUGUGUCUGUACUCCCUCACCUUAUGCAUCUAUAACGUGCUCCAGUAUGGAGAAUUGAUGGAUUCCGUGGCAGUGACGAUCGACAUGGCAGCCAUUUCCAUCGAUACGUACCGCUACAACCAGAAAGCCGUCAUUGUGGUGGCCGUCAUCACCGUCGUUUUCACGGUCUGGCUGUCCCUGGUGGCCUACAAACUGUACGGGGAAUUUGCCUGGGUCGCAUUCCACCAGGUCGACGCCGACCUCGACAUGCGCCGGAGAUUUGUUUACUUCCAGCUCUUUAUCACCCUUCUGAAAUUCGAUGCCUUUUUCUUCCUCGGGCAGUUGGUGCAGGUGACAAUCAUGGCCGCCGACUUUUUGCCCCGAUUGUUCUAUACAAACCUCGUCGUCAUUCCCGCGGUAUCGAUCCUGCUCAUUACGACGGGCAUCAUGGUGAGACAUGAGAAGCGACUCGGGACGAUGGUCUGCCUGACACUGCACCUGGCCCUGUUGGGCUUUCAUCUCUUUCUUUUCGCGUUAUUCUACCAGCCCGCCACCUUCAGGGUGUUUUACCCCCUUCGCCGAAUCUUGACCUUUUUCGGUAUCAUCGUCGGUCUUCUUUCUGUGUGUACGAUCGGCAUGACGGCGCUCUGCUUCCGGCAGUUCGGUCAGGGCCUGAAGCCAUAUGUGUCUGACAGUCGGAAGGCGCGGAUGCUGGGAGAUACGUUUGAGUUGGCGCAGCGAGGGUAUUCGCAUGUUCCGGAUAUACCUUGAUGAUCCACAUAAGUCAAUUCUGUGUUCUAGCUUCUCCUUUCCUUCACAAU